AUGGAGCACCAGUGGAAAGAUGAGUUUGAGGACGAAGAUAUCUCAUACUACAACUCAAAGGACAACCUGGACCCCAACAGGACAGAGGGGAGGGUCCGGCCCGAUUUCCGACACGACUCUUCCUUCAAGCGCCUCACGGACUACAACUUAACGGCCGUGCACAUCCCCACGGACAUCUACAACGGCUCCACCAUUGUGCUGAACGAGCUGAACUGGACUGAGCGAUUGGAAGAUGUGUUCAGGAAAAACCGCGAGGACGAUCCCACGGUGCUGUGGCAGGUGUUCGGCAGUGCUACAGGCCUGGCUCGGUACUAUCCAGGUAAAUAA